CAUCAUCGUCCUCAUCCUCGCGCUAACCUACCUACGUGUCCCUCGUCGUCGAGCUCCAGAAAUGUUCGUCGCUGUGAGCUCACAGAUUUGAGCUCUUGUUUUCUCUAGAUUUUUUAUUUUUUUUUUUUGCAGCGAGGUAGCUCAAAGAUUCGUGCGUCCAUGGGGGCUGACGCGGAGGCGCCGCUGCUGGAGGGGAGGAGGGGCGCCACGCCGGCGCAGACGCUGGGGAACAUCGUCGUCUCCAUUGUCGGCACAGGAGUGCUCGGCCUCCCCUACGCCUUCCGCACCUCCGGCUGGCUCGCCGGAGCUCUCGGCGUCGCCGGCGCCGGCGCCGCCACCUUCUACUGCAUGCUCCUCCUUCUGGAUUGCAGAGACAAGCUGCGGGAGCAAGAAGACGAGGAGGUGCAUCACGACGGCAAUUACACCUAUGGCGACCUCGGCGAGAAAUGCUUCGGCAGAAUUGGCAGGUACUUCACUGAGGUCACCAUCAUCCUCUCCCAGACCGGCGGCUCCGUCGCCUACCUCGUCUUCAUCGGCCAGAACGUCUGCUCAGUGUUCCCCGCCGGCGGCGACGAGCGGCUGCCGCGCCUGUCUCCGGCCGCCGUCGUCGUCCUCGCGGUGCUCCUGCCGGCCGAGGCCGCGCUCUCCUUCAUCCGCUCUCUGUCGUCCCUGGCGCCGUUCAGCAUCCUCGCCGACGCGUGCACCGUGCUGGCCGUGGCCACCGUCGUCAAGGAGAACCUCCAGCUUCUCGCCGGCCGCGGCGGGAGCCCGUUCGACGGGCGGAGCGCGUUCGCGGGGCUCUGGGGCGUCCCGUUCGCCUGCGGCGUCGCCGUGUUCUGCUUCGAGGGGUUCUGCCUGACGCUGGCGCUGGAGGCGUCCAUGUCCGACCGGAGGAGGUUCCGCCCCGUGCUCCUCCUGGCCAUCGCCGGCGUCACCGUCGUCUACGUCUGCUUCGGCGUCUGCGGCUACCUCGCCUACGGCGACGCCACCAGAGACAUCGUCACCCUCAAUCUUCCCAACAACUGGUCCACCGCCGCCGUCAAGAUCGUGCUGUGCGUUGCGCUGGCGCUCACGUUCCCGAUGAUGAUGCACCCGAUCCACGAGAUCGCGGAGGCGCGGCUGUUCCCGCCGGGCGGGUGGGCGCGGAAGCGCGGCGGCGGCGUCGAGCGCGCGGCGGUGCGGUCGAGCCGCGUGGCGGUGGUGGCGGCGCUGUCGGCGGUGGCGUGCUUCGUGCCGGCGUUCGGGGAGUUCGCGUCGUUCGUGGGGAGCACGGUGUGCGCCAUGCUCUCCUUCGUGCUGCCGGCGCUGUUCCACCUCCGCCUCGUCGGAGCGGCGGCGAGCCCGUGGCGGCGCGCGGUGGACGGCGGCUUCCUGCUCCUUGGGCUGGGCUUCGCAGCCCAUGGGCUCUACACUGUCGUCUCGGGCCACUGAAACUGGGCUGAGAUGGGCCUAAAUGGGCCUGUAUCUACCAUCCAGUCCAAUCCAGCGGCUGCUUUGUUCCAAUAUUUUCCAGACAUUUUUUUCAUGAGAACUAUGAUGCCAUCUUCGGUGUAAUUAGCAUAAGAUAGAAUAGGAUUUUUACGAUGUAAAUUCAUACACACCUCACUCUGAGCUGUUCCCUCCAAAAAAAAAGAACACCUCUGAGCUGUUGGAAAGCUCAAUGAGAUCUCUGCUGUACUUAGCACGGAAAA